CGUAUUUCCCGGCCUUUUCAGGUCAAUAAUUUGGCAGAGAGAGAGAGAGAGAGAGAGAGAGAGGAGAGAAAAAUAGAGGGAGAGAAAAGAGAGAGUGAGAGUGAGAGAGAAAAAAAGACGCUUGAGCAGAAUGAAAGCGAAAGUUAACGAAUAAAACAAUUUCCAGGAAAACAAUGACCUACAUUCUUUUGUCGUCUGCCGAGCCAAGAUCAAGUGCGUGUCUUAUAUUUGAUAAGCUGCACUACUGAGAUCAGAACGUCAUGGUGAUCAAACGAGAAGUAGCCUACGGCAUUGUCCAAGGUUUGAGUGACUUCUGGAAAUGUGAAGAGCUACAAGAUUUUACUGUCACGAUUGGUACAACAAAGUUUGGGUGUCAUAGGUUUCUUCUGGCAGCUUGUUCUGUUUUUUUUAGAGGACUUUUUAGAUCCGGGAUGAUAGAAACGGGGUUAAAGAAUGUAGAUGUAGAAGACAUCUCAAGUGAAACGUUUGAGUUGAUCCUGGAGACUUUGUAUACAGGUCAUGGUGUGUUGACAAAGGACAACGUCAUCGACAUCUGGAGGGCUGCUCAUCGGUUGGGGAUAGAGUUUUUAGUGAAAGAAUGUGAAAAUUUUGUCAUUAAGUCUCUCUCUGUACAGAAUUAUGUUGACUAUUUUAAAGUUGGUAAAUUUUUAAACGCCGAUACUGUGGUUGACGUAGUGUGGGCAUUCUUUUUAAAAAAUUUUACCACAUUCUCUAAAGAAAAAUAUUUCCUUGAGCUCCCGAUGCCUGAUGUUCUAAGAUUGGUGAAAAGUCAGGAUUUAGUUGUCAGCUCUGAAGAUGACGUCUUAAAAGCGAUACUGCAAUGGGUUGAGCAUAACCCAAGCAGUGAAAGAGUUAAUAGUACAGGAGUCCAAGACAAGGAACACGCUCAGGAUUUGGACUCUCAUGAAGAAGGAAAUGAAACAAAAUGUUCGAAAUCUUCACGGGAGAACACAUCCGGAUGUAUUCUCACUAAUUCUGGUAUUAAAGAACAUAAUCUGUUUGCUCUGAUGUCUAGAGCGAGAACAUGUCUUGCUAGUUCUAUUUGUUUGGAGAUGAUGCUUGGACAUCCACUGGUCACUAAUGACAAGCAGACCAGAGAUCUCGUGACACGUGCCCUGGUCUAUCAACUUCAGAUUGGCAAAAGAAACGGCCAAUGGCCAACAGCUGCUAUUCGUAGAAACAGCAGUUGUUAUGAGAAUGUUGCUUUAGCUGUUGAGCAGCCACCCAAUACCAUCCCUCAGAUAAAAGUGUUUUCUUUUUCAAGAAAUAAAUGGGUCACUACUAAUUUCAAUAAUAUCCAAAGAAAAGACGUAGCCCAUUUGGCCGCCGUUGACAAGUCUUUAUAUUCUUUCGUCAUCAAUGAAAGUUAUGGACGCUAUGACGAUGGCUAUUUGUUUUCAAUGUUUGAGUUAAUAGAAAAUUCCUGGUGUGAAAAAAAUUAUGAUUUAAAAAUGUUUCCUUUAGCCAUACCCUCUGUGGCAGUAGUAAAUAAUUUCAUUUACAUGUUACAUUGCAAAAUGAAGAGCAUCUGGCAACUCGAUCCAAAGUCACAAACGUAUGCCAGAUUGGCUGAUAUUCCGGACGAUCAACCAAUUUGUCACAUAAUGACAUACGAACAACUUAUUCUUGUCUUCUACUCUGUGUCUGUGGUAGGUGUGGAUGAGACUGCCAUCGGCUAUUAUGACACUUCAAAAAACACAUGGGCCAGACUUAACAAUCUUGAAGGUCCAGCCAAAGGAAUGAUAAGUUUUAAAGAUGACCACGCCACUUAUAUCUUGCAGUCCAAUGGUGAUGUCUGGAAACUGGUCAAGGCGCAAUCAGACCAACUUGAUUUCGAGCAAGUGAUCAGACUUUGGAAUUGUGAAUGGUCACUUCAUGGUGCGGUCACUUUCAUGGAUAAACUUUACAUCUAUGGUGUCAGAAGUGAAGCACUCAAAGAUGAUCCACAGCUACGAAAGUCUUUACCUGGUGUUUUCCGUAAGAUCAUUUAUCUAGAAAGUGAGUCACCUGCUUCGUCUACCUUCAUACCGUUUAUAAUAGACCGUAAGUGUAUAAAGUAGACUAUAACAAAGUGAACAGAGGUAGGACCAGACGAUGAAGUAGCUUUUGAAUGUAAAACAAAAUGCAAAAGAGUUGAGCUUAGUUUCAGUAUUUUACAUUUUAACAUUUCUUUCGGUUACUAGAAGAUCGUAGUCUGUAAUGAAUGUAAUAUCAAAUAUACUAUGCGAGAUUAUUCCGUUCAAAGUGAAUAUUAUUUAUUGUUCUAAGCCAAGCCAAGUGUUUACAAGCCAAGUGUUUAGCCUAUUCUUCUGGUCUUAGUGUAUUUUCUAACUAAUCAUUUUUAUUUUUAUAAAUAACAGACCGAGAAGAGGAUAAUUACAUCCCUUUGUUAGUCUAGUCUUGCAUACUAAUUACAAACUUAAACUACUAAUUGAUUAGUUUUUCUGGUUGAUCCUUGUCCUUACGAAAGCUCAGGAAGAACUUAUAAAGAUUCUUAUAAAAUUUUACAGUGGAUUUAAAAUGUGCAUUUAUGUAUAGUUGUAUCUCUUUGAGUAUUUUAUUAGGUGAUGUUUUUGUAGUUGUAAAUUUCGGUUCAGUGUUUUAUGUGAUAUGGCUACUUUACUUUUUACUGUUCUGUCCUGAAGUGUUUAAAUUCGGUGAUUUUACUCACGCUUUUACUCUAGUGAAAUUAGAAUACUAAUCGUUUAAUUGUUAUGACGGCUAUAUUUUCUGUCCUUUCUAGUUUCUUUAUGUUUUCUUCAGAAGUAAAAAAAACCCAACAACAUAUAACCUAAUAUUAAUAUUGGUUUAACCAAUCUUAAAUAUAAAUAUUCCUUACUCAGUAUAGAGCAUACAUACAUGUUUUUAUGAUGCCUUUGUAUUUUAAGUUAGUAGUCUGUGAAACUUGUUUACAAUAAAUCAUAUGAGUAGUUUUUUUUAA